GACAUCUACGAAAGAGAGGAAGGAGGAAAAGGGAGGAAAAGAGGGAGGCGAGGGGGGGAGGGAGCAUCCAGAGCGGCUCGUGCGCACGGUGCAGGGAGAACUUGUGGGAAAGUCAACAGGAGAAAUUCCACUGUCAAUAAAGAUGAGAGAUCUGACGGUGCCGUAAAAAUCCGAGUUUAUGGGCGGUGAGGAGGAUUAAAGUGUGACCAGGGAGCGCUUGAAGUUUCUGGAAGCGACUACUGCUGAAGACAAGAAGCAAUAAUGUCUACUGUAACGUCUCUGCAACCACCAAAGGAGGAUGAAGAGGAUGAUGAUGAGCAAGGAGAGCCUUUUGAAUUUGAGGACAGCACGGAUGAUGAGAAACUCCAAGAGGACAGUAAAGGAAUCGUCUAUGACUCUGUGGAGUCUGACCUGUUGUCAAAAAAGGAAGACUGUGAGACAGCAGACAGUGCACCACAAACCACUGCAGAGAGUGCACAGCAGCUUUGCAGAAUACCACCUCCUGCUGGACAGGAGGGUAAUUCCACUGAGGAAGUUGCUCCUGUUUCUGCAGUUACCACAGAUGUUCCACCUCGUGACUCAUCCAGCUGGGCCUCAGCAGCAGUUGAGCCCAGCACCUCCGCUCCUUCUGUGGAAGACGAGCUUCAGGGCUUUCCUGUGGCACCAUCAGCUGCAGAGGAGCCGACCAGAGUCCAUAGCAACGGAACCUUUGAGGAAAGCUGCAGCCCGAGGGACGCUUCUACAGGGUUACCGUCGCUUGGAGCUGAGCCACAGACGGCCGACGCAUCUGAGGUGAUCUAUGAUGAUGUUCCGAGUGAGGACCCCAUCUGUCCUGAUGGAGGGGAUAUGAUCUACGAAGAUGUUCAGCAGGAAGCAGCCGCCGCUGCUCCUCGGGAUGCGGACAACGGGUGGAGCUCCAGUGAGUUCGAGAGCUACGACGAGCAUUCUGACAGCGAGAGCAAACCGCCGGCACGGAGCAAGCUCUCACCUGAAGUGCGUCGCCUGAGGGAGCGGUGCGCCAGGACCCGACGUGAACUGGCCACGAGACUGGCCGGCAAACACAACUAUGACAUCAAGGUUCAGCAGCUCAUGAAGGCAGCAAGAAGCGGCACCAAGGAUGGACUUGAAAAGACCAAAAUAGCUGUCAUGCGAAAAGUUUCCUUCCUACAGAGAAAAGAUCAACUCGAAGAGGUGGAGGACGACGCGGGAUACCUGGAUGUGGCAGUGUCCGAAGACAAGCAUCCUCCCCCGCAGCUGAGCCCCAUGCCAGAGGGUCUGACCAGCCACCAGGUUGUCAGACGCCAUAUCGUCAGCUCCAUCAUUCAGAGUGAGCGCAGCUACCUGGAGUCUCUGAGGAGAAUCCUGCAGGAAUACCACCGGCCCUUGAUGGAAGCGGAUCCUCGCAUCUUGAGCCCACGGAAGAUCCGUCCGAUAUUUUACAGAAUCAGAGAGAUCACACAGUGCCACUCCAUGUUUCAGAUUGCACUGGCCUCACGCGUGGCCGAGUGGGACAGCAGUGAGAAAAUUGGAGACUUAUUUGUUGCUUCGUUUUCCAAGUCCAUGGUGCUCGACGUGUACAGCGAUUACGUGAACAACUUCACCAACGCCAUGGCUCUCAUUAAAAAGGCAUGCGUGUCCAAGCCGGCUUUCCUGGAAUUCUUAAAGAAGAAGCAGGCAUCCAGCGUUGACCGGAUCACUCUGUACGGCCUCAUGGUGAAACCCAUCCAGCGUUUCCCUCAGUUCAUAUUGCUCCUGCAGGUUGUCCUAAAAAACACGCCAAAGGGUCACGUGGAUCGUCUGCCACUGCAGCUCGCCCUGACCGAGCUGGAGACGCUUGCAGAGAAACUGAACGAAGAACGAGUGGCCGAUCAGAUCGCGGAGACGCAGCAGCUCGCCCGCAGCGUCAGUGAUCGCCUGCUCAGUAAGCAACUGAACUCGGAGCAGGGGUCACUGGUCCUUUGUGAGACACUCAUUGAGACCGUAUACGGCGAGCGGGGACAGGUCCUGAAGUCGAAGGAGAGAAAGGUCUUUCUCUUUGAUGACGUUCUCAUCUGCGCCAACAUAAAUGUCAAAGGUCCUCCAGACAUCAGCAGCUUAGUCCCAGUCGGCCCAAAGUACACCAUGAAGUGGAGCGCCCCCUUGAAGCAGGUGCAAGUCGUAGAGGUCGGGCAGGAGAGCUCCCAAAACAAAGACACCCUCUUCCAACAGAGCGGGGCAAAGCGGCAGAGUGGCGCCUGUACUUCAGGGAAAACAAUGCUGGGGCCUCCACGGCUCUACCAGGAGCUGCAGGAACUGCAGCAUGACCUUUCUGUUGUGGAGGAGGUCACUCUGCUCGUGGGCACACUGCAGGGCACAUACCAGAACCUGAACACGACUGUGGCUCUGGAUUGGUGCCUGGCUCUACAGAGGCUUAUUCGCAUCAAAGAAGAACAGAUCCAGAGCGCUAACAAGUGCCGCUUACGCCUGCAGGUUCCUGGCAGACCAGACAAGUCGGGCCGCCCCGUCAGCUUCAUGGUGGUCUUCAACACUCCAAAUCCCCUUAGUAAGAUCACCUGGGUGAACCGUCUGCACUUGGCCAAGAUUGCACUGAGAGAGGAAAACACACCUGGUUGGUUAUACGGAGAGGAUGAAGGGAAGACGAUGGCCCCAUUUAGGUGUCCACUCCUUGCCUGUCAUCUGUCUGUCUUUGCUGCCAAGUCUGCAGAGAGAAAGCUUGAAGCUGCUCUCCACAAUCCUGUUCAUUGUGCAUUGUUGGGCUUCUCUGCAGCAAGCACCUGCUUACCACAAGGCUACCUCUGGGUGGCCGGUGGAGGAGAGGGUCCUCAGGGGCAGAUAGAGAUAUUUUCUCUCAACAGGCCCAUGCCGAGAGCUGUAAAGAGUCUGCAGGUCGGCUCUACGGUCCAUUGUUUGGAAUAUGUGCCAGCAACACCUCCAGCUGAGGAAGCAGAAGCAGGAGUUCAAAAGAGUCCCUCAGGGAUAAGCAACAACAUAUGUGUUGGACUGGAUGACGGACGCGUGCUGGUGUAUGGCAGUGUGGACAUUGCAGCACAAUGCCUGUUGACCCUGCGGAACCCAGAGGACAGCCCUGUCCUGUGCCUGAAGCACACCGCUCGCUGCCUGCUUGCAGGCCUAAGGAACGGAACCCUGGUGGUUUACGGGAGGAAUAACAGCGAUAACCUGUGGGAACCUGACUCGUACAGAUGCGUAAGCUUGGGUUCAGAACCAGUUCGGUCCUUGUUGGUGUUGGAUGACUCUGUGUGGGCCAGCUGUGGGAACUUUGUCACAGUAAUGGACGUUGCCAGCCUCAGCACUCAGAAGUUUGAAGUCCAUCCCGACCCGAGUAUAAGCGUCGCUCACAUGGUACGUGCCGGCGGGGGAGUUUGGAUGGCAUUUUCUGAAGGCUCCUCUAUUCGUCUCUUUCAUACUGAAACACUGGAACUUCUACAGGAAAUCAACGUUUCAACACGCUCGAAGCUGCUGAACCCAGGUCAAAAGAACAUGCAAGUCACCAGUCUCCUCAUUUGCCAGGGGUUGUUAUGGGUGGGAACUGCCCAAGGCUUAAUUAUUACUCACCCAGUCCCCAAACUGGAGGGUAUCCCCAAAAUAACAGGAAAGGCAAUGAUCUCCUUAAAUGCCCACUGUGGUCCUGUCAGCUUCCUGUUGGCCACCAGUAGCACCGUAUCUCCUGAACUUCUGAAGCGGGAUUCUGUUGUGGAUGGCCAAGACUCUGCCUGUGGAGGCGAGGACCGCAAUGACACAUCAUCUCAGGAAUCCCUGCAACCGUCCAGCUCGUUCCAGGGAGAUGGCCGAGGCAAAGGGCGCGGAGUUCUGCUGCAGUACAAGCUGCGCUCCACUUCAGGGCUACCCGGGCGACCGUUGACAGCACAAGGCGAUGAGGCGUCCGACUCCUCUUUGGAGUCUUUGGAACACAGUGUGGAAGAUGGAUCCAUCUACGAGCUCAGCGAUGACCCAGAAAUGUGGGUUCGGGGGCAUUCCUGUGAGAGGGACGGUGGCCGCAGGGACCGGGUGAUCUCUGCAGCAGUCAUUUCUGGAGGCAGGGGCUUCCGUAGACUGAAAGAAGGAGGAUCAGUAGAGAGGACAAGUGGGGAGGGAUUAGAGAACAUUAUUAUGGUAUGGCAGCUUCCCUCUGACAGUGUGAUGUGGAAAACAUGUCGUCUUAGUGUCGUUCUUCAUAAAUGUAACACUUACACUGUGUGAUGAUGAGAGGGUGCUGCCACUGUUGCAGAGUUCCUGGAGAGGUACACGACUUACCCUGUGCAAAACAAUCCAAAAGGUACUGCCAACCUGCAGGACUGCUUUGAAUUUUCAGCAUUUUUGCAGGAAGAUUUAAAUGGGUUGCAGGGUAACCAGUGCCACUACUGGAAUUUUGUGGGUCACCCCACAUGCCAAAAUAUCUGACACAUCAUUGGCUUCUACCUCGAAGUGGGAAUGACUCGGAUGUUUGUUCAACCUCCUGCCUCUUCCACUUUCGACGACCAGCACUCAAAGUGACGUUGAAACAGUCGCCGCCGACCACAAGCGCUUUGUAUUUAAAAGAACUCAGUUUUUUGAGCACACUGCUUCGCCAACACUUUGCCACAGUGGCAGCUGGUGCUGGAGUCUGUGACCACCUUCUUGGAUAUUUUCCAUUGCACAUCUCUAUAAAACAAAACAAAAACACAACAGGUCCUGCCUUGUUACAGCUGCAGAAUCUUGCUGGAGUGAAGCCCAGCAACUGUGAUUUCAUGGACCAAGAACUAUUUGCAUGAACAAUAAGAAGCCUUGGAGCCCUUUGACCAUCCAUCUGUAAAAACUGGAGCUGUUUGCUCUUGGCGUUGAAUUCCAAGCAGCGGUACUCCCAGAUUAGUUCCCGUGACUGUUUUGAGCUUGUUUCUCUUGCCAUCGUUGCCAUUGAUAAGCUUCAAUUAAACCCGGUAAUUGCUGCGCGAGCUCUCACACAGACUCGUCUUACAGAGGGCUUCCGAGUAAGUACCCAUGAACGGUGCUUGUUUGACAGCCAGCUUUUGGAUCUGCUAUGCUCUGCAGAGUUGGAGAUGGACAUCCUUUAACUGAUCCUGCGGGAGAGAUCCCAUCUGUUUGUAGGCGAAAGCCGAGGACUUCCAUCGCCUCACAAAGCACAUUAGCAUCAAUUUAUUAGCUUUGCCAGCCGUUUUUUCAUCCCAUACAAUGUGAAUGUACGAUACCUUCUAUUGUGUGUUGAAAUUGAAUCUGCACACUCUUUAAAAAAAAAA